GACGGCCAUCAUCAACCGAGGAGUCAGUCCUGUGGAUUUUUCUGUGUUAGUUAGAGCAGUGUUGCCUCACGAUUUAGUGCGUUUUAGCUAGAACCCUGUGUGCUUUUGGCUGUAUAGUUCCUGUAUGUAAAAAGAAGAAACUUUAUUGUUAUCAGAAUCAUAACAGAAGGAAAAAGAAAAAGAAACAAUACCAAAAGAUUCAGUAGACAAAAUUGUAAAAUUACAACAAUCACCAAGGAAGAAAGGACACUGCAGUUGUUAAAGUAUCGACAGGAAGACACAAAAAAAACCAAAGCUUGUAGGCUCAGUAUUCAGUGUGUUUUGAAACCCUCGAGUGUGAAGUCAGAGAGCGAGAGAGAGCUGAAAGGACGGAAACAAAGGAUGCAAGACCAGUUCUACCCUGUACACAUACCACACACAUCCGUGUAAAAAUUCCGAGGUUCCCUUUAAUACCGUCUAAAUUCGCAUGUAAAAUUUGUACUAUAUCCACCCAACUGUAUAUGCAAGAUCGCCAAAAGGAAAAAUUGUUCUGUUCGAUGUUCUGCACUUGUCUAUGUGUGUAAUAUGUUGUUAGCCGUUGUAUAGGAGACUACCAAGGAAAGACUAUUAGAAAAGCUGAAAAGUUCUGCAAAAACUCCAAAACUUUUUUUUCCGACGCUGAGAGACAAGAGAACAUUUUAGGAGCACAAAAAGAGCAAUUCUUUUUCCCGUGCGGUUCUAUUCUCCCCCUUUUGUAUCUUCCGGAGGGACGUAAAAACAUAGAGUUCAGCAGAACAAAGUAUAUGAAUUAAUUAACUCUCUCAAAGUAUAUCUCCGACACCAAUUGCUGAGGGAGUGAAGAGAUAUAAAAAAAAAUUUAUGCUGUCACUACACAAUUUCCACUAAAAGUCCCCAUCAAAAAGCAUCUGCGAUACGCGGAAGGUAGUGAAAAAAGGAGCAGAGAGGUGUUGUAAUUUCUCUUCUCUACUUGCAAUAAAACCGAAAUUCGUCAAUUUAUCACUGCUUGUACGCAGGAGAGUGAAAAAGCACAAAAAAUCAGUGUUUGCAAGGGAGAAUACAAAUAAAAAGCAGACGCUCGAGAAAAAAUCGCACUAUUGAGGAAAAAAAUCGGAUUGAAACAUUUUUCCCGCUGGAAAAUCCUUCGGCGCAUAGUUUUCCACAGCUGCAGUGCGAGGAGAGGAGCUUUUUUUGGGGGAGAAGAGAGAAAGCGAGGAAAAAGUCAUAAAUAAUAGCGAAUUGACUAAUUUAUUAGUUUCAACCCCGUUGAGAGAUACAAAAGAGCGAAAGAGAAUCCGAGUGUCAAGGAAAAAAAUCCACUGCGAAUAAAGGAGAACAGAAAUUCAGAACAGGGUGGCAGUAAGCAGAGCUUUUUCUGUGUGUCGCUUGAAAAUGAUAUAGAGAAGAAGCGAAGGGCGCACAGAGGAGAGAAGAAUCAGCCUAGAGAGGACAAACUAGCCCACAAGAGAGGGACUGUGGAGUGUUAAUCCUCGGCAGCGAUCCAACAAACGGAAUUUGUCAUCUACUGAGGUUGGCGCAGUGAAAUUUUGCCUGAAAAGUGUAAUUGAGUGCGAAGGGGAGCAUUUCAGCAAUUAAUUGAUUGAUUGGAUCAAUUGCGGAGGUGACAAUUACGCAGAAGGCAGUCCGAUUCCGGUGAAUUACACCUCCUUUUGCCAGACGACAGCGGAUAUAAGAUGUUGGCAAUGUCUACACUCAUGAUGCCAGCACCGACCAUGGCCCUCGGGGCGCCACCCCUCGCGGUGGGCCACCACAAGCCGCCCGAGCCAAAAUUAUUAAUUGCGCACAAUCAACCGCCACAACCGUCGCAUCAGCUCCAGGUUGUCCAGCCCAAUCAACAACAGCCGAAUCAACAGCAGCCCCAGCAGCAACACAUUAUGAGCAGCGGCAAGCAAGAGAGUCAUCAUAUAUUUGUGGGUGAUUUGAGUCCUGAGAUUGAAACUCAACAGUUGAGGGACGCUUUUGCACCAUUUGGAGAUAUAUCUGAUUGCAGAGUUGUUCGUGAUCCACAAACACUCAAAUCAAAAGGAUAUGGAUUCGUUUCAUUUGUUAAGAAGUCGGAGGCUGAAAGUGCCAUCACAGCAAUGAAUGGCCAAUGGAUUGGAUCUCGAUCAAUUAGAACGAAUUGGGCCACAAGGAAACCGCCCACGAACAAAGCUGAUCUGAACUCAAAGCCACUGACUUUUGACGAAGUUUACAAUCAGAGCAGCCCGACAAAUUGCACAGUGUACUGUGGUGGCGUCAACGGAGCCCUCUCUGGAUCCCUAAGUGAGGAAAUACUGCAGAAGACAUUUUCACCAUUUGGCACAAUUCAGGAGAUUCGUGUCUUCAAAGACAAAGGAUAUGCUUUUAUCAGAUUCUCAACAAAAGAGGCGGCAACCCAUGCCAUUGUUGCCAUUCACAAUUCUGAAAUAAACUCUCACCCCGUGAAGUGUUCAUGGGGAAAGGAGAGCGGUGACCCCAACAACGCUCCGACCAUCGCUAGUCAGGCUCUCAGCCACACAGCCUUUCCGUUUGGGACCGCUUAUGGGCAGCAAGUGGCUGGCUACUGGUAUCCGCAGCCACCGACAUAUCCUACCACGCACACACCCACGGCCGCCCUGCAGGGACAGUUUCUGCAGGGAAUGCAGGGCUAUGCGUACGGUCAAUUUGCUGGCUACCAACAAGGAUACAUGGGUAGUAUGGGAAUGCAAAUACCUAGCACAUGGCAAGGUGUUUCAUCUCAGACUCAAAUUCCAACUGCCCAGCAAAUUGCUCAGGGGGUCGGCACAGGAAUUCCUCAGACUGCCGGAGUUGUGGCGUAUCCCAUGCAGCAAUUUCAGGUGAGGAAUCCACAGCUAACUGAAGAUGAAUGGUUAACGCCGAGUCUUCUAGUCUAGCUUUAUUAAAAACGAAAACACACAGAAGGAUGAAGAAAAUUUAAUAUGUUUUUUGACAAGAAUUAACUAGUCAAAAUAUACUAAAAUUUCCACAAAACAUCUUCCCAUUCGAUGGGUAAAAAUUUCUUAGAUAAACAAAAUUAUUAAGAUAUGUGUAAAUAAAGAAGAAUGAAAUGUUCUCUUAUCUUAUUCCCAAUGAUGUUACAUGGAUUCAAGUUACCACUAAAAACAUUGAUUUGCUGAUAAAGAGAGAUAAUCUUAAAUUAUGCCGAACACAGUAGAACAACGGGAAGAGAAUAGUUCUUGAACAGGCGUCUUUAGAUGAGGAGCGGGAAUAAAAAAAUUAAAAAUGUAAAAAAAAAAAAAA